AUGGCGAACCCUAUGAAUAACUACUCUGGGAACUACUCUACCGGUCAUCGUGAUGAUGACUUGCAGGACCCAAACGAUGGCGACGCGUCACAGAUUCCUCACGAUCCCUCCUUGAUGGGGUUCGCCAACAACUAUGCCUUCAACGCCUUGCUACGCCAGGAGGGCGACCUGCCUCUGCAGUCCUUUGACCGACCCGGACCACCCCAGGGUGACUUGGAAGGCCGUCUUUCCAAUGUGAUGCUAACCUACGACACUGACCCGAGCGGCGGGGUAUCUCUGCCCAUGAACCUGGAUCCAAGCCACGCCUUCGCCUUCGACGUGCCCACCACCUACCCCGCGACAUCCAUGGGACUCACCCCUUCACUGGACCAUUCUCAACUUCACAACUUUUCGCCCUUCCUACAGUCUCUGCCCCAGACUGACCAGUAUCUUCAGCACCCCACCGUACCUCAAGCCCGCAAGGAUACCUACAAUACCAGCACCAACUCCACGGGAAGCUUUGAAGAUUCCGAUUUCUCGCGGGCGAGUGAUCGGUCUCAGUUGCCUAUACAUCGCCCACCCCUUGAACAGCACUACCAGCAAUAUGGACAGCCGGCCUCUUACCGUGCGCCGCAGCCCGUUGUCAUCCAGCCCAAAAAGCCCGUCGCCAUCAAAGAAGCUCAAUCACCGGGGCUGUCAACGCCUGAUGCCGGCUCGAAUGAGCACACUGGCAUCUACUCGAACAGUGGCUUUGAUGUUUUAGGAGUUCUCAGCCGAGUGGCCAUGCGACCGAAUCCCAAAAUCAACAUUGGUGCGGUUGAUCUCUCCUGUGCCUUUGUUCUCUGUGAUAUCCUGCGGGAAGACCACCCGAUUGUGUACAUCUCGGAUGCCUUUGAGCGCCUGACGGGCUACACCAAAGAUGAAAUCGUCGGCAAGAACUGUCGAUUCCUCCAGGAUCCCAACGGUCGGAUCAAGGCUGGAUCCAAGCGGACCUUUGUCGAUGGACAGACCGUCUAUCGCCUUCGAUCAACCAUCAAUGACCGCAGCGAAAUCCAGGCCAGUAUCAUCAACUAUCGUAAGGGUGGGCAGCCUUUCAUGAACCUCAUCACGAUGAUCCCCAUCCAGUGGAAUUCGGAGGAGUAUCGAUUCUACGUUGGGUUCCAGGUUGACCUGGUGGAGAAGCCCGAUGCCGUCACGAGGAGAAAUCCCGAUGGCACUUAUAGCAUCAACUACCAGCGUGACCAGUUGCCGCAAUACGUGGUGCCGCCGCCAGAUGUGUACAGGUUACGGCCAGACCUGGUGACUCAAUUUGGCCACGAUGAAGUAACUGCCAUCCUCAAUGCAGCAGGUGUGCAAGGCUCUGGACUAUCACAGCAAUAUCUGGACCGUAUCUUGGUUGAAAAUACCGACGACGUGAUUCAUGUGUUGUCGUUCAACGGUGAAUUUCUGUAUUUGUCACCAUCGUGCAAGAAGGUCUUGGAAUACGACCCGAUCGAGCUUGUAGGCAAGACGCUGUCAACCAUCUGCCACCCGAGUGACAUUGGACCCGUGAUCCGUGACAUGCGAGCCAGUACGACCCCGGCACCUCUGAGCGUUGUCUACCGUAUACGUCAAAAGUACCAAGGGUACAUGUGGUUUGAGAGUCACGGUGCGUGGCACAUCGACCCCAACCAGGGUCGUCGAUAUCUCGUCAUGACUGGCCGCCCUCGCCCCGUGUAUUCGCUGGACCAAAUUGCUCGCCUUGGGUCUUCCGCUGCCUUGGCUGAAAACGAUGUUUGGGCCAAGAUCUCCUUGUCUGGCGUCUUUCUAUUUGUGACUUCCAAGGCGAAACCGGUCCUGGGACGUUCACCCGAUGACCUGAUUGGCAAGAGCAUCCAUGAGCUCAUGGAGCCUGAUGAUGAUCCCAACGCUAUCACGGAUGCCCUGGAGGCAGCCGCCAAUGAGCAGGAUCAAAAGGACAAGCCAACCGACCCUCCGUCCUUCCGACACCAGAUGCGCCACAAAAAGGGCCACUCAUUGGCUGCGCACACCACUUUAUACGCCGGGGACGAAAAGAACGGGAACAGACCUUCGUUCCUCGUCGCCCAAAUCCGGUUUGCACGAGCGUUCCCACCCUCCGCUGCAGCCGUAUCUGCAGCCGAAGCAGACGAAAGCGCCAAUGUUCCCGGCACGGCCAGGAGGACCACCCUUACCACCUCCGACCCUAACCCGCCUCGUCAAUAUGGCGCUCUUGGGCAAAACUUAUCUCAACUCUCAACCCUGAUCGGUCUGAACGGACUACCCACCGGGAACCGUAGCCUCUCGCCAUCAGACGCACCCGCCACCUUCUUCACCGAGCUGAAUCCCACGCGCGGAUCUAGCUGGCAGAUUGAACUGCGCGAGCUAGAAAAGCAAAAUCGAACACUAGCCGACGAGCUACAGCGGCUCCUGAGCCGACGCAAGAAGCGCAAGCGCAAGCAGAAUGCCGUCUCCGUGGAGAAGGCGUGCACCAUGUGCGGGACAAAGAACACGCCCGAGUGGCGGCGUGGACCAAGUGGGAACCGAGAUCUCUGCAACAGCUGUGGUCUGCGGUGGGCAAAACAAAACCGUAGUCAGGCGCAGCCGGCUGCACCGGCGAAUGCAUAG